AUGGAGGAUUCUAGCUUCUCUAAGCUUGUGCUGCUGCUGACAUUGUGUGUGUUGCUCGAGAGGACGGAGGCAUUACCAUUUGGCGGGGGGGCUGAGGAUCACAACAGUCGCAUCAGAGGUCUUUGGAGGCUGCAGAUGAAGGAGACCAAGUCCAAAGAAAAGGCCGCACCUUCUCACCCAAACAUGAGAGCGGGCAGGAAGCAGUUGCUGUACUGCCGCGUGGGGAUUGGCUAUCACCUGGAGAUCCCACCCAGUGGCCCAGUGAGGGGGGUCCACAUCCCAACCAAACACUGUUACCUGAGGGUGUUUGCCAUGAAGCAUGGUGUGGUGGGCAUCAGAGGAGUGACCGCUGGCCUGUACCUCUGCAUGAAGGCCGACGGAGUCGUCUACAGCUCUGAGUCCUUCUCCGAUGACUGUCUCUUCAAAGAGAAUCUGGAGGAGAAUUUCUACACCACCUACUCGUCCCUGUCCCACCCUGGCCUGUACCUCGCCCUGUCCAACAAGGGGGAGGUCAAGAGAGGGACCAGUGUGUCCCGCCACCAAGCCCGCACGCACUUCCUGCCCCGCAGAGCGCCCUGA